UGUCCGGGGAUCUGAUCCAUGCCCAUCCCUGUCUGUGGGAUAUGAUCCAUGCCCAUCCCUGUCUGGAGGAUCCCAUCCAUGCCCAUCCCUGUCCGGGGGAUCCGAUCCGUGCCCAUCCCUGUCCGGGGGAUCAGACCCAGGCCCAUCCCUGCCUUGCAGCUGGUGGUGAAGCGCCUGGGCUACGACACCCGGGUCACCAUCCUGGGCCACGUCCAGCGCGGUGGGACCCCCUCGGCCUUCGACCGCAUCCUGGGCAGCAGGAUGGGGGUGGAGGCCGUCAUGGCCCUGCUGGAGGCGACCCCCGAGACCCCCGCCUGUGUGGUGAGCCUGUCGGGCAACCAGGCCGUGCGCCUGCCCCUCAUGGAGUGCGUGCAGGUGACCAAGGACGUGACGAAGGCCAUGAACGAGGGGCGCUUCGAGGAGGCCUUGAAGCUGCGGGGCCGGUGA